AAGGCAGAAGCGGCAGCAUCACCAUCCGCAUCACCAUCAUCAUCCACCUGGUCCCUUGGGAAAGCAACGCGCGGAAGGGGGGGCGAGAAGUAUCAACAAAAAAAACAAAAAAGAAUGCCGCUCCCAAGCCUCUUCACGCGCCACACGCGAGACCCAGAGCAAAAGCAGAAACAAGAAGAAAAGGAAAAGCCGUCCCUGAUCCAAUACGACUACCCCAUCCAGGAGUUCCUCAUCACCAUCCCAGACUCGUCAAAGUGCUGGACGUUCCAGAUCGCCCACGCGUGCGGCUGCCCGGCCCGGCACCGCAAGCCCAUCCGCGUGAGGCGCGGGGGUGGCCACGCCGGGCCGUGCUCCUCGCUGCGCUGCGACAAGGCCUGGGCGGAGCUGAGGUUGCCUGAGCGGCCUCCUACUCCUGCUCCUCCUGCUCCUGGAGCUGCUGCAUCUUCUUCUGCUACGGCGGGUGUGAGGAUUCCCGUGACUGGUGUUAUGGCUAGGUCUAUAGCUGGCCCUCAAACUAGGCCGGGCAUUAAUAGAGGCGUCUCGUCCGAAACCGCGUCCAAUGCGUUCGGCGAACAAGACGACGAACAAGACGAGGAGGAACAGGACGUUGACUGGAGCGGCACCUCCGCCCACACGAGAGCAGCAGCCCGGGACGGAGCGAAAGUUAAGAAAGGAGGCAAGAAAGGAGAACGCAAGCCGUGGAAGGCAGAGUGGGGCAAGUGUACGCGGUGCGAGAUGCUUGAUCUGGGCUGCUCGAUCAUCGCGCUGUGACGGAUUUCGGGUUGGGUAUUCGGCGGCCCCCGAAAGAAUUUGAGCGGCUUAUGGGUUUGGCUGCCAUUGUCAGCAAAAGGACGAUGGGUGAGAGCCAAAAAGGACCUUUGGAUGGUGGCU